UGGAAGCAACCUCUACUGCUGCUGCUGUAACGAGGAGAGCCGGGAAGCUGGUGGGGAGCCGAUGGUUCCUACCGAAGAGAGGGAAUACGGUAGGAGGGACAGAGAAGGAGGAUACUUAAGCUGCCCUGUUGCUCACCAGAGCCCGCACUCUCAUCACCGUCCUCAUUCCAUCAUCCCUCGAAAAGAGAAAGCAGCCACAAGCUCCGAAUUCAGAGGAUCGCAAUCAUGGCCGAUCAGAAGUUGACGCCCACGUUGGAGGACGUUCUAGGCUGCCAGGCCGCUUGCUUCGAAUGGGCCGACAGCUACGACAGCAAGGACUGGGCGCGCCUCCGCAAAUGCAUUGCGCCGACGCUCCGCAUCGACUACCGGUCCUUCCUCAACAAGCUCUGGGAAGCGAUGCCGGCCGACGAAUUCGUCACCAUGGUGUCGGACAAGGCCGUGCUCGGCGAUCCGCUCUUGAUGACGCAGCACUUCAUCGGCGGCACCAGGUGGGAGAAGGUGUCGGACGACGAAAUGGUCGGGUACCAUCAGCUGCGGGUGCCGCACCAGCGCUACACGGACGCGUCGAGGACGCACGUGGCUCUCAAGGGGCAUGCCCACAGCUCCAACACGCAUUGGUACAAGAAGGUCGAGGGCGUGUGGAAGUUUGCCGGGCUGAAUCCCGAGAUCCGCUGGGGCGAGUAUGACUUUGACAAGGUGUUUUCCGAGGGGAGGGACUCGUUUGGCGAGGCGGAGCAGGAGAAGAACUAGAGGCUGCGGUACUGGUCUCCUGUGCAUUCUGUCGUUGGGGUUAGUCUUGAGUUCUGUCUCUGUUGCUGAAAUUGUGCAUCGAAUGACAAGGCGCAAACAGGCGGGAUCGAAGAAGUAGCAGCUGGAGUAUCAGGCAAAAUCACAUGCA